AUGCCAAAGAAUAUGAAGGCUUUUUAUUUUAGUUUUGUGGCUUUAAUUGGUGUGGUUAACUCUCAAUACAAAGGAGACCCGUGCACUGAUGGAGAGGGAUCUCCAGGAACAUGCAAAAAAAUUCUUGAAUGUCCUGCAGCAAUCCAGGCAAUUCAGACAGGAGUUUUGCCACAAAGAUGCAGUUUCGAUGGAAGUGUUCCAAUAAUUUGCUGCAAAAAUCCAAAAACCUCCUUGCCAGAUCCGACUCCAAGACCUCCAGUUCUCACAUCAAGGAAAGCUGGAGAAAUGAGCAGAAAAAAAUGUAAAGAGUAUGCAAAGUACGUAUACGAAAAAACUGACGCGGUGGUUCCGAUCAUCGGAGCUCAACCAAUGACGACGUAUGAAUGUGGGAUUACAGCGGUUCCACUUAUUGUUGGAGGUGAAAAAGCCGGAUUUAAGGAGUUUCCUCAUAUGGCUUUGAUUGGUUACCCGGAUGGCAACGAAAUAAGCUACAGAUGCGGUGGAUCCAUAAUCAGUGAACAUUACAUAUUAACAGCAGCACAUUGUAUUGAGGACGCAGAAUUAGGUGCAGCUUCGGCGGCCGCCAUAGGAAUGUUAAAUAUAAACGACAGAUCUCGUCAAGUUGUUAAAAUUGUAGAAACAAUUUACCAUCCAGGCUACGAGCCUCCCUCUCACUACAACGACAUCGGGCUUCUUAAGUUCGAAGGCGCAAAAAUCAACUCUUACGCGCGACCGGCCUGCUUGUACUCCUAUUUUAGGAUCAACCAUCAGAACGCCUUGGCUUCUGGUUGGGGAAGACUGGGAUACACGGAAGACACGAGUAAAGAUUUGUUGAAAGUGAAGCUGGAAUUGUUCGGAGUUACUAAAUGCAACUUCACUUAUAGACAUGAUUAUGGAAGUAAAAGACUGAUUAGGGGAAUACUUGAUGACACUCAACUUUGCGCUGGGUCCACAAAAGAGUUGAAAGAUACUUGCCAGGGUGAUUCCGGAGGACCUUUACAAAUAUUUCACGACGGGACAGACGCCAAAUGCAUGUACGACUUAGUCGGAAUCACGUCCUUUGGAAAGGCUUGUGGGCUAGUAAAAAAUUCCCCUGGAGUUUAUACAAGAAUAUCGGCCUACAUUAAAUGGAUAGAAGAUAUUGUGUGGCCUAACUAA